UUUCCAUUUCUUUUCCUUCUCACACGAUUUUCGCUCCAAACACUCCGCCGCCGGCCGCCGCUGCUUCCCCCCUCCCGCCGUCGACCCGACGGUUAUAUCUCCAUUUUCCCGUUGAUUUUCUCAUUCAAUACUCUGUUCCGUUAAUUUUCUUCCGUUACUUCCUCUUCUCUUUCUCUACUUCCGACUCAGGGAGACAUUUUUUUCGGUCUUCCAGAGGGAAACACCAGAGAGAGAGAGAGGAAGAGGAAAGGACAAAACGAGAAGACGUAAUGUAAAGAAACCGUGUUAAAACCCUAGAGACAGUCUCCCAAGCCGUUUGGUUUUCUUCGCUUAUUCAAUGGAGUCUCAGCAGGCGUCUCCCGCUGCUUACGCGAAGAAGCUGGCCGACGGCGGGCGGUACAGCGGCGGGAAGCACGAGUACGACGGCUUGUUCACCGGUCCGAUGAAGCUCGGCUCCACAGUGGAGGAUUACAGGGAGAUAUUCGGCCGGUCGGGGACGUCGUCUAUUCCGAUGCUCGAUGUUCCCGAGCUGAACGAGCAGAAGGCUGCCGUCGAGCCGCGGGGCUCCAGGCCGGAUUACGCGAAGAUUUUCGGUGGAUUCGGUGAAGCGGACUUUGCUAUGCCUUACGAUGAGUUGAUUUCCAGAGGGGAGAAGGAGAUGAAGUCUUCUCCUGCAGCUCGGGCUCCAGCUGAAUUGAGAUCCCAGUUCUCCCCAGCUCCUGAGCAAUCUGCAUUUGAUGAGAGGAAGAGAAUGUCAGCAGAAGCAUCUGUUCAAUCAUCCAUGGAUGGUGCUAAACACGUCAACGUGUUGUAUCACAAGACAAACUCAGGAGGCAGAAUGGGGAAAAGUGGCAUGACACAUGUUGCUCAGCUCCAUGCCAUUCCUGGUUUUACUCGCUUGAUUGAUGAAAAUGGUCCAUCUCAGUCUCCUGAAGGUGCCAGGUCCAGUCGUUAUGUGCUGAAUGAUGUUCAUCUUAAUUCCAAUGACGAGAUGAAGGAAGCGAGGCCUCAGAGGAGAGCUUACUCAGGUCCCCUACUGUUCAGUAAUCCUUCAGGACAGCAUGCUGAACAUCACAGAACAUCUAGCUCCAUUUCAAAUGAUGCAGCUUUUUAUACUUCCAACAGAUCAUCGAUGAAAUCCAAAGUUGGGAUUCCGAAAUCUGCUGCUGGCAGUUACUCUCCACCUUUCUUGGAUGAUGAAGUGGAUGCAAAUUCGGCUGCUGCGGCUUCUGCAGCUGCUGUGAGGAAGGCAAUAGAGGAAGCUCAAGCUAAAAUCAAGAUUGCAAGAGAGUUAAUGGAGAGGAAAAAGGAAGGUCGUCAGAGUCGUUCCAGGCUAAAGGUCAAUCAUGGGUUGAAAUCUGAGAAAAGGGAAGCCAAGUCUACUGAAAAAACUUAUCAAUACAAAGAAGAGGCUGAGGAAUUGUACCGGAAAGAUGAUACUCCAAUGAAGCAAGUUUUCAAUGGCUCAUUGGGGCAACAUUCAGCAGAAGUCCAUCGAGUGACUUUGGACUUCAGGGAUGAGACCAAAGGACCUAUUGCUAGCCCUGCCCAUACUAUAACACUCACUAAAGAAGCCGCAUUUAGUGAAGUUGAUUCAAGACGGGCAGAGACUGGAACAAGCAAAUCUGAACAUGGUUCCCCAGAAGCUGCCAGUAGCAAAGGGUACGAGCCUUCAAUCACACAGGUUGAGCACGAAGAGAAAACAAAGAAAGUGACAGUAAGUAGUUAUGAAAACAAAUGGAAGGAGAGGGUGAAAGCAUCAGUUUUACAGGACAAAUCUGAACAUGGUUCCCCAGAAGCUGCCAGUAGCAAAGGGUACGAGCCUUCAAUCACACAGGUUGAGCACGAAGAGAAAACAAAGAAAGUGACAGUAAGUAGUUAUGAAAACAAAUGGAAGGAGAGGGUGAAAGCAUCAGUUUUACAGGACAAAUUUGAGAAUAUAAUGAGAAUGCUGCGGGGACCAGCAGAUGUUGAAGUGCCGGAAAAAAAUUUAGAGCGGCUGAAAGGUGAUCAUAGUGAGUUGGGAAGUGAGGCUAAACAUGAGGAAUUAAAAGGUAGAUUAAAUGAAGCUGCAGCAAGGGAGGAUGAGAGGACGGUUAAAGUUAAAUCAUGGCUGGAUAAUAUUGCCAAGGGACACAAGGAACAAGAACAUGACGGUGAAGAGGGAGAAACGGAGAAGCCUCAAAGUUGUGAUCUGAGACAAGAUGAUGCCGUGAAUACUUCGCGUGACGUUGAUGCAGGGAAAACAUCAAAAGUAAGGGUUGGCCAUGAUGACCUAGAGGAUGCAGGUGAAAAGAUGUCCUCAACCAAUGGCUGGGAAGAAGUGAAGGAAAAGGUUGAGGAAGAAGCCAAAGAGAACAAACAUGCUGUUGGCAGGCAUGGAGAAGACAGCUUUUCUGAAUUUGUAGAAACUGAGAGAAUGGAGUCUGAGGUUCAUCAAAGGUCGGAAGUUGAUGACGAAACCGAUAAGGUUACUCAAGAGCCUCCCAUAAGCCAGAAUGAUUAUAUUGAAGUGGCUCCUAAGUUGCACAAGUCAACUGAGAGUGAGACUAAUGUUGAUCAGAUUGAUGAAAUCCAUGUGUGUGGGGAGCUUGCUGUUAGACUGAAUGAAGAGGCCACUAUGCCUUCCUAUGGACCCAGAGAUAUUGAAAAAGAGCCAGAAGCAGUUGAAGAGACAUAUCCCUCGGCAGAAGAGGGGGAUUCUGCAAGGGUUGAUGGGGCUGGGGUGCAAAGUGAUGAGCCACAGGAGCCCCUUAUUAUCGAUGAAAAUGGGGUAUGUUCCGGUGGAGUUGCUUAUAACUUUAACUGCCAGCAGACUGAAGACGGUACAGCAGAAUGCGAAAGAACCUCCAUUCCUGAAAGGCAUGUUGAAGAGGGGGCUACUCAAUCAGAAGAAAGCAAAGAGAAUGUAGAUGAUGCCGAAGUUAGCAGCACGAGUGAAGCAACUACUGAUAAUUUUCAACCUCUUGGUGAGGAAAAGGUGUCACCUAAUCAGACUGAGUCCAGGUCACAUGCUGAACCAGAAAAGCAUGUAGAAGAAGCCUUGAGUGAUUUGGAAGAAGAUGAUAAGGUUCCUCCUCCUGCAAACAAUAGUACACCAUUUAUGGAUGAGGAGAGAUUGUCGGAUGAUGGAGUAGGUACAAGCAGGAGUCAACAAUCUAGUGUUUCUGAGGAGGAAGGGACCGAUGACGCUGCUGCAUCUUCAGGUCAGAAAACGAGUAAAAACGUUGUUGAUGAAACCGAAUUAGCUUACUACAAGACCAUGCAAAUGCAAGAGAGAGAAGAUAAACAGAGCCCGGAGAAGGACAUGGGGGUGGAAAGGAAGCAACAUCUAAAAAAAAAGGAAGCAGAAAAAGAAAAGGACUUGGAGAAGGAGAAGGAGAGACAGAGAAUAGCGGUGGAGAGGGCAAUACGAGAAGCACGUGAGCGGGCUUUUGCGGAUGCUCGAGAGAAAGCAGAAAAGGCAGCUUCAGAGAGAGCUGCUGCAGAAGCAGAACGGAGGGCAAAGGCGGCUGCUCGAGAAAGGUCUGAGAGGGCUACUGCAUUGGAGAAAGCUGCUGCGGAGGCCAAACUGAAAGCCGAACGGGCUGCGGUUGAAAGAGCAACUGCAGAGGCGAGGGAGCGAGCCCUGGAGAAAGCAUUGUCCGAGAAGGCUUCUGUCAGGGGGAGAAAUUAUGGUGAUAAGUCUCCUGCGCCUUCAAAGGAUGAUGGGAGGUCCACUGAUCAACGAUACAAAAGCUCGGGAUCUUCAAGCAGUUCAAGAUAUCAAAGUUCUGUGAAUAAUGCUGUUCCCAACUCGACAGUAUCUGGUGGUGCCAGUGGUGCAUCAUCUCUGAAGUCUAAAGCCUCGUCGGAGAAGCAGCAGCAAAUGGCUGAGCGUGCUGCAAAAGCUCUGGCAGAGAAGAAUAUGCGUGAUCUUCUUGUGCAGAAGGAGCAAGCUGAGAAAAAUAGACUGGCGGAAAUCUUGGAUGCUGAGAUCAAAAGGUGGUCCAGUGGGAAAGAAAGGAAUUUGCGCGUUCUACUUUCAACACUUCACUACAUCCUUGGUCCUGAUAGCGGUUGGCAAGCUAUUCCUAGGACAGAUCUCAACUCAGCAACCGCUGUAAGGAAAGCUUACAAGAAGGCGACUCUUUUUGUUCAUCCCGACAAGUUGCAGCAACGCGGUGCCAGCAUACGCCAGAAGUAUGUCUGCGAGAAGGUCUUCGAACUUCUCAAGGAUGCCUGGAGUAGAUUCAGUGCAGAAGAUCGGUGAUUGAGUUUGUUACCACGAUAGCCUCAAAAGUUAACUACAUUCAUAGCUUGUAUAAAAACUGUACAAAGACAGAAAAAGGAGGAGAAGAGGGGAAGGGGUAGGGAGGGAAUGCCAUUUCUGUUAUUCUUUAGUGACUUGGGAGAGAAGGAAA